UUCUUAUUUAAGUCGAACUUAAAUGUAAGAAUUGACUAUGAACAAGCCUUAGUGUGCACUCAGUGUACACGAAUGUAAGUAACUAAACUUGCGAUUAACAAAAUUUCUUACAGGCAAACUUAGUGGGGAAGAAGCAAAAAAGAAAUUUAAAAAUUUUCAUGACGCCUACCGACGAAUAAUUCACGCAGAAAAUCACCCUAGUGGAUCGGCUAGACCUCCUCUUACAAAAAAAUGGCAUCAUUAUGACACCAUGGAGUUUUUGCGCGAUCUGUGUCUUGUCAAAAAGUAAAAAGGAUAUAUUUUGACUAUGUAUAUACGAUUUCGAACUGUUUUGUUUUUACUUGUAAUUUUUAUAUUUCUAGGGGAAGAGUUUUUAAUAUUGACGUUGAUGGUGACUGUUCAAGUAGUAUUGGCGAAUCAAUAAAUAGUAGUGAUGCAACUGGCGAUGUCAAUAAAUUCUCCAAAAUGUCGUAUGAAGAAAGGUAUCACGAGUGGACCUGUCAACUUGCCGCGAUGGUGCAAAAAUGAAGAGGAACGACGACGAAAUAAGUUAAUAGUAGCUGUUUGCAUCAGCGAAUGUACAUACAAAUAUAAGAAAAAAUAUUAAAAAAAGAGAUUUUGGAUUGAUCCAUUAUUUGAAGGACGACGUAAACAUGGGUUUUAUUAUGCAUCUAUGCCGAAACUAACACCAGAGAAGUUCCAAAAUUAUUAUCGUAUGACAGCUACGCAAUUUGAAGAAUUGUUGCACUUAGUGGCACCUGCAAUCAUUAAACAAACCGUCAUUAGGGAACCAUUACCUCCUGCAGAACGACUAUCCAUAACAUUAAGGUAUUUAUCAACUGGUGAUUCAAUGCAUUCAAUGUCGUGCCAUUAUCUCGCUGGAGUAUCGACAAUAAGCCACAUUAUAGGUGAAACAUGUAAUGCUAUAUGGAACUCUAUUUGCCAGGAAGUGCUCCCACCAUCAAAAAGUACAGAAGAGUGGCUACGUCUUGCUGAAGAAUUUGAAGGAAGAUGGAAUUUUAAUCAGUGCAUAGGAGCAAUUGACGGCAAACAUGUUACUAUUGAGUGUCCAUCUAAUGCAAGAUCGUCUUACUAUAACUAUAAAAAUAGUCAUAGUAUUGUGCUCCUUGGAAUCUGUGACGCACAAUAUAUGUUCACAUUCAUUGAUAUAGGAGCCUACGGUCGCUGUAGUGACGGGGGCGUUUUCAAAAAUUCAAAGAUGGGUCUAAAAUUUAAUUUAAAGGAAAUGAAUGUACCUACACCAGAACCUCUCAGUCCAGGUGGACCGCCUUUACCAUAUGUUCUGGUGGGUGAUGAAGCCUUUCAAUUGACGGAUUAUUUGCUCCGGCCUUAUCCAGGAAAAGGCGGUUUAAAUGACGAGCGAAAUAUUUAUAACUAUCGGUUGAGUCGAGCCAGAAGAACAAUUGAAAAUACGUUUGGUAUCUUAGUCAGCCAAUGGAGAAUUUUAAAGCGACCGAUCAAUUGUAGUAUGGAAAAAACAAUUUCAAUUGUUAAAGCCAUUGUAUGUCUCCAUAAUUGGAUUCGUUGAAGGGAUAUUGGAAAAAACGAAUAUGUUAUUCCAACACUAAUUGAUCAGGAGGAUUAUGAUGGCUUUGUCCCAGGCUCUUGGAGAGCUUGCAUAAAUAAUAGUGCAUUUAUGGACAUAACUCACUGCGGUUCUAAUAAUAGUUCUCGUCGAGCAAUGCAGAUUCGAGAAGAAUUUUGUAAAUAUUUUAAUAGUGAAGGCGCUAUACCAUGGCAAUUUAAUCAUUGUUAAAGCCAUUGUAUGUUCGUUAAAAAAAUAUACAAUUUAAUUUGAAAACGUGUGAUAAAAU